AUGUCGGAGGGAAAAAGUGCGGAGCUAGACCAAGUUCUCAUAACCUGGAUUAAACUUCGUGUAAGUGAAGUAUGUGGUGAAAAACAUUCAGCAGACAAGGAUGCAGCUAGUGCCUAUGUGGAUGAAUUUGCAAAGUUAGUUAGUGAUGAACAUUUAAGUCCUGAACAAGUGUACAAUGCUGACGAGACUGCCUUAUUUUGGAGAUGUACGCCAAAAAGAACUCUGACAACUGAGGAUGCAGAAUCGCCAUCGGGGUUUAAAGCUUCGAAGGAUCGCGUCACGGUAAUGUGCUGCUCUAAUGCUGCGGGUACCCAUAAAUACAAUUGUUCGGCACAUCCAAAAGCCGAUCUUCUAGUGAAGUAUAAUGUUUUUGUUGCCUACCUCCCACCCAACUGCACAUCACUAAUUCAACCACAGGACAAUGGUAUCAUACGUUCUAUGAAGUAUGUAACUAAUCCUGAUGCCAAGGAGCUUUCAUCAAGGAUAAAUGAAGAUGUUUUAACAGAAUGGUUGGAUGUUGAUGAUAAUGUGCCUACAGUUCAUCAUUACACGGAUUCUGAAAUUGUAGAUAUGGUUAAAAGUCCGGAGAGAAAUGCCUGUACAGGUAGUGAUGAAGAUGAAAGCAGUGAAGAAAAUGAGGAAGAUAAAAUAGCUAGGAAACAGGAAGAAGCAAGAGCGGUGUCCACACUUGAUAAUCCACUGCCAUCAACUUCAAGACAAGUUGAAGCUGUUCCUGUUGCUGAGGAUGUUGUCACUGUCAGUGAUAAAGAUGAUAAUCCUGACAGCCCAUCUGCUGUUUAG